AUGGACUCACUAAGCACAGCAACCACACAUUUCCUGUUUGAUCUUUUCAAAGAACUGAAUAAAACAAGUGACGGCAAUGUCUUCUUUUCUCCUUUGGGCAUCUCAACAGCCAUUGGCAUGAUCCUCUUGGGGACCCAAGGAGCCACUGCCUCUGAGUUACAGAAGGUACUUUAUUCUGAACAAGGCACAGGAAGCUCCAGACUAAAGUCUGAAGAAAAAGAGGUUAUUGAGAAAACAGAAGAAAUACAUCAUCAAUUCCAAAAGCUCUUGACUGAAAUAAGCAAACCUACUAAAGAUUAUGACCUAAUCAUAAGCAACCGGCUGUAUGGAGAAAGAACAUACCUCUUCCUUCAAAAAUACAUAGAUUAUGUUGAAAAAUAUUACCAUGCAUCUCUGGAGCCUGUUGAUUUUGUAAAUGCUGCAGAUGAAAGUCGAAAGAAGAUUAAUUCCUGGGUUGAAAGCCAAACAAAUGAAAAAGUCAAGGACCUGUUUCCUGAAGGCUCUCUGAACAGCUCCACCAAACUGGUGCUGAUAAAUACAGUUUAUUUUAAAGGCCUGUGGGACAGAGAAUUUAAGAAAGAACAUACCAAGGAGGAGGACUUCUGGCUGAACAAGAACAUAAGCAAACCUGUGCAGAUGAUGGCCCAGUGCAGCUCCUUCAGCUUCACCCUCUUAGAGGACCUGCAGGCCAAAAUUGUGGGGAUUCCAUAUAAAAACAGUGAUUUCAGCAUGUUCGUGCUUCUGCCCAAUGACAUAGAUGGCCUAGAGAAGAUAAUCGAUAAACUAUCUCCUGAGAAGUUGGUAGAGUGGACCAGCCCCGGACAACUGAAGCAAAGGAAGGUGGACUUGCGCCUUCCCCGCUUGAAGGUGGAGGAAACCUAUGAUCUGCAACCCACGCUGGAAGCUGUGGGCAUUCACAGUGCCUUCAGUGAGCAUGCGGACUACUCGGGAAUGUCUGCGCACUCCGGGCUGCAAACCCAGAACUUCCUGCACAGAUCGUUCCUGGUGGUGACUGAGGAAGGCGUUGAGGCCACUGCAGGCACCGGAGUGGGCUUCAAGGUCUUGUCAGCUGCGAGCUGCGAACUUGUACACUGUAACCAUCCGUUUUUGUUCUUCGUCAGGCACAGAGAGUCUGACAGCAUUCUCUUUUUUGGCAGAUUUUCUUCUCCCUGAGAUAGUGAGGCUGGAACAUUAGAACACCAGUGCUCGGGGUUGACAGACCCUGAGGUUCAUGUAUGCACUGCAAAGUCCUCUUGUGCUCAGACCUUACUGUUAAAUCAAGGCACAAUGUGCAACAGCCCAUGUUCAUAGUUUGUUUGACAGUGAAUCUCAAUCAUGUGUGCAACGCGCA